AUGACUCAAAACUCAUUUAAGACUUUACAGGAAGCUUUGCUCCUUAGUCUGGAAGAAAAGCUAAUAGAUGACGAAGAAUUUGCCGUGCUGUAUGAAGAAUUCACUCCACAAAACCUUCAUUUUCGCCACUGGGAAUACGAACAAUUUUCCCUCGAAAACAAAGACCCCGCAGAGUGUAAGGCAGACUUCAGAUUUGAAAAGAGUGACAUCUCAUUGCUGGUGGAUAUUUUACAGAUGCCUGAUACCUUCACAUGUCCGAAUGGUACCGUUUGUGAUUCAACAGAAGGACUUUGUGUUAUACUAAAGCGCUUUAGCUAUCCAUGUAGGUUGUCUGAUAUGAUUUCUACUUUUGGUCGAUCAGUGCCCGAGCUCAGCAUGAUUAGCAAUGAAGUCACUGAAUGGAUGUACAAUGUUCAUGGCCAUAGGAUUACCGAAUGGAAUCAUUUCAUUAUGUCUCCUAACCUACUGCAAACUUAUUCUGAAGCAAUUCAUGACAAAGGUGCCACCUUGGAAAACUGUUUCGGCUUUGUUGAUGGAACCGUUCGUCCCAUAUCAAAACCAGGAGUCAAUCAGAGCGCUGUUUACAAUGGACACAAGCGCGUUCACGCCCUUAAAUUUCAAUCCUUGGCCCUACCAAAUGGAUUGAUUGGCCAUCUGUUUGGACCAGUAGGUAAGGGUAUAUUCAUUCAUUUUUUAUAGUGGGAUAGUGCCGUAGCUGUUUUUACUUGGAGAGACAUUUUUAUCACUUGUGUGAACUUAACAGUUAGAUUGAUUUCUUUUCUCAUAAUGUUAAUCUGAUGUUUCUUGAUGACUCCCUCCUGGUCUCUCAAAUCAGAGGUACCGUAUUUAUUCGAAUAAGCGCCCAACCUCGAAUUAGCGCCCACCUCGAAUAAGCGCCCAUCCUAAAGGCAGAAAAAGUUAAUAAGCGCCCAGCCUCGAGUAAGCGCCCACCCCCUCCUCCUCCCAAUCAAACUCAAAUAAGCGCUCACCCCCACCCCACCCACUUGAGUGAAUAAAUUCUAAUAAGAGACUUUCCCGAGGACGGAGUUUUAUUCAGAGUAUUUUACAGAAACCUUGCUUUGUUAAUUCUUUGCGUUUUGUUAUCAGCAUUUAUUGUUUUGUUGCAAAAUAAACAUACUUCACAUGCUGAAAAUGGUGAAAAUUUAAUAAGCGCCCAGCCUCGUACACGCGCCCACCUCGAAUAAGCGCCCACUGUUAAGCUCCAAAAAUUUAAUAAGCGCCCAGGGCGGUAAAUCGAAUAAAUACGGUAUUUUCAGUAGCUCCCACUUUCAAUUGUUAUUAGAGGAAAUGGUUGUCCCGUCACCACAGACAAAUAAUUUAUAAAUUCUAACUUAUAGGCCAUAAGUACCUGGACUGUAAGAAUAAUAGCCAGCCAAUCCUAUGUUGUUUUUGGCCUACUAUUACUAAGCUAAUCAAUGGUCUAUAUAGGUAACAGUUUGUCAGCCAGCCAAUGUGUGACUGAUUGUGGUUCAAAAAUUAAUUUUUUGGCUCUAGUUCAGAGGGACGAAUGCAUGAUGCGAGAAUGCUGGACACAUCUGGCCUCUAUGUUGACCUGGCACAGUUCGCCUUUUCUCCUGCUGGACAGGAGAUGUGUAUCUACGGGGAUCCGGCAUAUCCUCUACUUACCCAUCUGCAGUGCCCCUUCAGAAAUGGGGUGUUAACAAGACAAAUGGAAGAGUUUAAUGCAUCUAUGAGUUCUGUACGUACAAGUGUGGAAUGGUUGUUUGGAGACCUUAUAAAUUAUUUCAAGUUUCUCGAUUACAAAAAGAAUCUCAAAAUUGGCCUUAGCCAUUUAGGAAAACUGUACAUUGUUUGUGCACUUUUGCGGAAUGCUUUAACAUGUCUCUACCGCAAUACGACUGCUGACUACUUUGGCCUUGACCUACCAUCACUAGUCGACUACUUUAGCUAA